CGGGGAUUGACACGUUUUCUGGUUCUCCUGAAUACCGUGCGUGGCGGAUUAUCGUGUAAAUAUGCGCGUCUGAGUUAAACUCUCCAUUGUGCUCUCUCCCUGUGCUGUGUGACCCUUCGUGAGAGGUGAGCGGUGCUGCUGUGAAGGUUGGUUGUCACUCCGGCUGCUGCCUGAGCCUGAACCUCCUGAAUAACCAUGAGCCGUCCGCCGAGUCCUAAUCCAUCACGAUGGUUCAAGGCGCUGCGCAGGACCAGACUGGGGGACCCCUGUUUGAAAACAUAUUCUCUGGAGUGCGUGGAUCUCCUGAGGAGGGCUAGAGUUGCCUUUCAAGCUGGACGUACCCUCAAGGAGAACUUCAGACUGACUCAGCUUGAGGCUGUGGUGCAGAUGCUGGAGGAACACGAGUGCGACUUUGUGGAUGCACUUGGAAGGGACCUCCGUAAGCCUCGGUUUGAAACAGUUGUGUCAGAACUGAUCCUGGUCAAGAAUGAGGCUGUCUAUGCCAUUACCAACCUUAAGAAGUGGAUGCAGCCACAGAAAGUGGAAAGGAACCUGUCCACCACGCUGGAUGACUGUAUGGUGACGAGUGAACCGCUGGGAGUGGUGCUUAUCAUUGGGAACUGGUGUAGUCCCGUACAAAUGUGCCUUGUGCCACUGGUCGGAGCCAUUGCAGCAGGAAACUGUGUCAUCAUCAGCCCCUCUGAGUGCACUCUGCACACAGCAGAACUUCUCCAUCGUCUAAUUCCCUUCUACUUGGACAAUGAAUGCUUCCAUGUGAUUCUUGCAGGCAUGAGUGACCUGUCUGAAGUUGUUGAGCUGAAAUUUGAUCAUGUUUUAUUCACAGGAAACAAAGAGGAUGGAAGCAAAAUUGCUCUGGCUGCAGCCCGCACUCUCACGCCUGUCACCUUAAUUCUGGGAGGGAAGAACCCAUGUUACGUGGACCAGCACUGUGACGUUUCCACCACUGUGCAGCGCAUUGCUUGGGCACGUUUCCAUAAUGCUGGACAGAGUUUAGUGGCUCCUGACUACAUUUUAUGCCACACGGAUGUCAAAGCUCAGCUGGUACAGGCCCUCAAGUGCUGCCUGAUGGAGUUUUAUGGUCCUAACCCCCAAGAGUCACGCAGCUUUGGCCGCAUGGUCAACCUAGAAAUUUUUAACCGUACAAGAGAGCUAUUAUGGAGAUCUGGCAAGGUGGCUGUGGGUGGGCAUGUGAUAGAAGCAGAGAAAUAUAUUGCCCCAACAGUUUUGACAGAUGUGGCUGAAUCAGACCCCAUCAUGCAACAGGAGGUUUUUGGUCCAGUUCUUCCAAUUUUGACUGUAAACAAUGUGGAUGAGGCUAUUGCCUUCAUCAAUGGGCAAGAGAAGCCCCUCUGUGUGUAUGCAUAUUCCACCAAUAGCAAAGUCGUUUCAAGACUAAUGAGUGAGACCUCUAGUGGAAGCUUUUGCUCCAAUGAUUGCAUCCUGCAGAGUGUGAUGGUGGCUCUACCUUUUGGUGGAGUAGGUGCCAGUGGAAUGGGUUCCUUCCAUGGCCGUUACAGCUUUGAUACCUUUUCUCACAAGAAAUCGUGCCUGCUACGAAGCGCGCGGUUUGAGUGUGUAACCUAUCUGCGUUAUCCGCCCUUUGAUGACCGCAAUCUGUCUCUAAUGACAUGGGCCAGCAGCCUUUCCCAGAAGAGCCAGGGCUGGUGCCAGAUUCUGUGACACUGGAAUAAAACAAACUGUCGCCCCACCCCCAAACAGGGCUGACAUGCGAGCGUAUUAUAGAACCACCAAGAAUGGAUUUCUAUGGAGAAACAUGUUAACUGUAUAUUAACUUAGUUGAAUGCACGUUUGAAAU